AGUAAAAGGCAUAAUUAAAAAAUGACAAAGGUUAAGGUACUUGUAGUAGGAGGGACAGGAUACAUAGGUAAGAGGAUUGUUAAGGCAUGCUUAGCACAAGGCCAUGAAACAUAUGUACUUAGAAGGAGAGAAAUUGGCUUAGACAUUGAUAAACUUCAAAUGUUACUCUCCUUCAAGAUGGAAGGGGCCCGCCUUGUCGAAGGCUCUUUCUCCGAUCAUCAUAGCCUUGUUGAGGCGGUGAAGCUUGUCGAUGUUGUGAUCUCGGCCAUGUCGGGUGUCCAUUUUAGAAGUCAUAAUCUUUUGUUGCAACUAAAGCUUGUGGAGGCUAUUAAGGAGGCCGGAAAUGUUAAGCGUUUCUUGCCAUCAGAAUUUGGUAUGGACCCAGCAAGAAUGGGACAUGCACUUGAACCAGGAAGGAUUACAUUUGAUGAAAAGAUGACUGUAAGAAAAGCAAUUGAAGAAGCCCAAAUCCCACACACUUACAUCAUUGCUAAUUGUUUUGCUGGCUACUUUGUGGGUAACCUUUCUCAAAUGGUCACCCUUUUGCCUCCUAAGGAAAAUGUUCUUCUCUAUGGGGAUGCCAAUGUCAAAGGUUGCUUCAUGGACGAGGAUGACGUGGCAACAUAUGCUGUGAAGACCAUAGAUGACCCUCGAACACUAAACAAAACUAUAAACAUAAGGCCUCCUGAUAAUAUAUUAUCUCAACGAGACUUGGUUGAGAUGUGGGAGAAGCUCACUGGAAAGCAACUUCACAAGAACACCAUUUCGGCCAAUGAUUUUCUUGCUCCACUAAAAGAUGAUGGGGAAUACGCUCACCAAGUGGGAAUUGGGCAUUUCUACCACAUCUUUUAUGAAGGUUGUCUUACAAAUUUUGAGGUGAAAGAUGAUGAAGAGGCUUCAAAACUCUAUCAAGAGGUUGAAUACACAAGGAUGAAUGAUUACUUGAAACGUUACUUGUGAACAAAUCAACGUAGGUUAAGACUUAAGACUUAUGAAUUCAUUUAUGUUAUGUUUGGGACGAUAAUUUCAUUUGAAAAUUUGAAAUUGGCUUAAAUUUAUUAUUUGACAAAUUAAAAAUUUUCAAAUUUGAAUUUGAAUCAAAUUUCAC